CAUGAUUUUUGUCAUAUUUUUUGUUUUGUGAAAAUAAUAGGAAUCCAAAAUAAUAAAAGAAUUUCGUUUCCGAAAUUUUUCGGUUACUACGAAGUACGAGUAGCAGUAAACAAGUAAACAUUAGUUAAACUGUUCUGACCAUGGAUAUGUCUUCUGGGCCUUCCUUCCUUUACCAUCUUCUGGCGAAUGAAUUAUCCGUUCUAUUAAUGGGGGAACUGGAUCAGGCUGUGGAGAACAUGGCUCCUCUGCCUGUUCCCAGUAAGCGAAAAAAAAUUCCUGACCCUCCCACUGUUCCUGUUCCCACUGUCCAUGUCGAUCGCGAUGCUGUAUUUUCCAAAUUAGAAGCUAUAGGCUUCCAAGUGGGCCUCCGUCUAGUGGAGCGAUUGACCAAGGAUCAUCCACGCUUCAAAGAUGAACUGGACGUGAUGAAAUUCAUCUGUACAGAUCUGUGGAAAUAUAUCUACGAGAAACAAGUGGAUACGCUGCGAACCAACAACCAGGGCACCUUCGUGUUAACGGAUAACAGCUUCCGACCUUUGAGCUUUUUUGGCGUUGAAGGGAUUGAUCAGUAUUAUCCUGCAAGUGCGCGAUUUAUUGCAUAUCCAUGUGGAAUUAUCCGUGGUGCAUUGUCUGCAUUAGGCACAAAGUGCACUGUGUCUGCCAAAGCGAUGUCUAUGGUCUGCUGUGUUUUCGAAGUCAUCGUCGACAGAAGUUAAAUUUGUUACUUGUAAAAUUGUUAACCACCAACAUGUCCCGAUUCCGAUGUAUGAAGGAAAUAAUUCGAUUGAUA